ACCACUUGAAUAUAACAACACCACCACCAUCACCACCACCACCAAGCUGAAGCAGCAGCACAACAACCACAACAACAACCACAGCCACCCAGCGCGGGCUGUCUGUCUGCUGCGCUCCGUCAAUCUCUCUCGCCUCUCCCGUCAUCUCGCAUCCAAACAAACCGCACGAGCAGCAGCAGCAGCAGGAGCAGCAGUAACAAAGGACAGCAGGAGCCAACGAUGGCGAGAGGAGGAGGAGGAGUGGGGGGAGGAGGAGAAGGAGGGGGAGGAGACAGAGGAGGGGCAGCUCCGACGACUCCGCUCUAUCCACCAGCACGGCCGUCGUGAAUGCCGCGCCUGCUGCUAUCGACGCAGAUGCCACCGCCUCCCAGCGUCACAUCAGCUCGGGGGGGGGGUCUCAGCGUGCCAACGGGACGAGCGGACGAGGGGAGAAAAGCAUCCGCAGCGACGCGAGCGACGGGAGGAGCGAGGCAGCGCUGAGCUUGGAGAUGCGGGAGAUGAGAGCAUGGAGCCGAGACACGGCGACGCGGAGUCGUGCAGAGGAGCGGGAGCAGCAGCAGCAGCAGCAACAGCAUCAGCAGCAACAGCAGGAGGCGGUUGUGGUUGCUGUGGUGAUGAUGAUGAUGAUGUUGUUGGUGACGGUGUCGGAGAAGCAUCGGGCGUGCAGCAACAGCACCACCACCAUCACGAAGGCUGCGAGCGCGUGCUCGUGAACGUGUCGGGGCUGCGCUUCGAGACGCAGCUGCGCACGCUGGCCAACUUCCCCGACACGCUGCUGGGCGACGCGGAGAGGCGGUCGCGAUACUUCGACCCCCUGCGCAACGAGUACUUCUUCGACCGCAACCGACCCAGCUUCGACGCCAUCCUCUACUACUACCAGUCGGGCGGCAGGCUGCGCAGGCCGGCGAGCGUCCCCUUCGACAUCUUCGCCGAGGAGGUGAGGUUCUACGAGCUGGGCGACGAGGCGAUGGUGCGCUACCGCGAGGACGAGGGCUACGCGAGGGAGGAGGAGGAGGGGGAGAGGCCCAUGCCGUCGAGCGAGUUCCAGCGCCGCGUGUGGCUGCUCUUCGAGUACCCCGAGAGCUCGGGUGCGGCGCGCGGCAUCGCCAUCGUGUCGGUGGUCGUCAUCCUCGUCUCGAUCAUCGUCUUCUGCCUCGAGACGCUGCCCGAGUUCCGCGACGAGAAGGAGGCGGAGGCGUCUCCGCUCGACAACAGCAACAACGACAACAACGACAACAAUAACAACGGGACGAGCGGAGCGGACUCUGUCGGCUCGUUCGCCGACCCCUUCUUCAUCAUCGAGACCGUCUGCAUCGUGUGGUUCAGCUUCGAGCUCACGGCGCGCUUCGCGGCGUGCCCCAGCAAGCCGGCCUUCUUCAGGAACAUCAUGAACGUGAUCGACAUCGUGGCCAUCGUGCCUUACUUCGUCACGCUGGGCACCGAACUGGCGGAGCAGCAGGGCAACGGGCAGCAGACGAUGUCGCUCGCGAUCCUCCGAGUCGUCCGCCUCGUGCGCGUCUUCAGGAUCUUCAAGCUGUCGCGACACUCCAAGGGGCUGCAGAUCCUCGGGCGGACCCUCAACGCGUCCAUGCGCGAGCUGGGCCUCCUCGUCUUCUUCCUCUUCAUCGGCGUCGUCCUCUUCUCGAGCGCAGUCUACUUCGCCGAGACGGACGAGCCCGACACGGACUUCACGAGCAUCCCGCACGCCUUCUGGUGGGCCGUCGUCACGAUGACCACGGUGGGCUACGGCGACAUGUGGCCCAAGACCGUGGGCGGGAAGAUCGUGGGCUCGCUGUGCGCCAUCGCCGGCGUGCUCACGAUCGCGCUGCCCGUGCCCGUGAUCGUCUCCAACUUCAACUACUUCUACCACCGCGAGACGGACGGGGAGGACCUGGGGCAGUACUCGCACGUGUCCAGCUUCAACGUCAACGGAGGAGCAGCAGCAGCAGCAGGAGGAGGAGGAGCAGGAGGACGAGACGAUGACGGUGGAGACUUCUUGAAGCGCGCGAGCAGCGAGAUGAGCCUGCAGAGCGAGAGAGGCGCCGCCUCUGGUGACGAGCUGUCGUUCAACAAGAGACUGGAACUCGGCACGCACGUGGCGAGUCACCUGCCCGAGCACCCUGGGUUUAGAACCGACGUGUGACGACGAUCUCGCGUCGCGAUCAUCGGUGGGGUGGCAGCGGUGGGGGGCAAAGGAA